AUGGAUGGUGCUCCCGUUAGAGGUAUUAUUAUCCCAUCAUAUGUUCACAAACUCACUCAGACCUUUUUUGUUAGUUUUGUAACCAAGAGCAUUGAGACAUUGUGCAGGCGAAUCGAUACCUGUGAGGCUGUUCUUGACACCAUACGAUCUGAUCUGACACAAACGCACAAGAAUUUGACUGAUAUCCUACUAAGAGUUACAGCUGAUAAUAGCGCUUUUGUUAGAGUCUCUUCCGUAGAUUUAACCGCUGCUAUUGAAAAUAGAUGCUUCACCGUUAGUCCGAUCAGAGGGCAUGCUGAUAUGGAGGACUAUGGAUUCGAGAGUAUUCCGAUGAGGAACAAGAGGAGCAAGACGUUGACAUUGAGAAUCAGCAUUACAACUCCAAAGCUGCAGCUUGCGUCAUCGCAGCAGCAUUGGCAACGUGAACAAGGGCGUGUAACACGGUUGCUUCGAGUAUACAGUUUGGUCUUGUUGGGAUGUCUGAGCACGUUUUCCACCUUAAUGGCAGAGUUCAAUGCCAUGAGAGGAAGUGAUCACCCAUGGAGAGCCUAUGCGUAUGCAUUUUUUCCACCAUUGCGGUUGGAACAGUUAUAG